GGACAGACAACGGGCACUUCUCAGUGUGAAGUGUUCUAGCCUGCUUGGCAGAGUAACGCACAUUUUUCUCAGGGGUAUAUCCAAUUAUUCAUUACACUUAGAGCUCUACAGGUUAUCAUUAGAUAAUCUUUGGUGAAAUCCACGAAAAACAGGCAUUACUCGUUGUAGCAAGGCUAGAACCCUUCACUUUUAUCUGAGAAAUGCUAUGUAAGCAAGGGGAGGGAACCAACCCAACCUAGAACAUAGUUGAGUAUCAGCAGAAUCAUCCUCGCUUUAUCAGCUAGUAUUUUCUUACUUAUGUCCUUAUUCCGCAAAAAAUGAGGGAUGAGGCAGUGAGGACGCAACAUUAUUCCUACAGGAUGCUUUUAAAAAGUGGGCGCGAUGCCUGCCAAAUCUGUGAACUGGCACUACAAGAACUUACCACCUGCAUUGUGAAAAGAUGAGAAAGAGGGACUGGAGAGAACGAGUGAAACAAGUGGAGAAUCUGGCUCAGUCCUAUCAAAAGACUCCCCUCUGCUCCAAAUACCAGCCCCGACUGGCCCAGCCAUCUCAGCCCUCCUCAACAUGGCGUCUAUUUCCCAAACAGAGCCUUGCCCUGGCUUUUGCUCAGACCUGCAAAGAGGACGUUCAUGUGUUUGCUCUGGAGAGAGAAGGUGGUGGUCAAGGCCAGAGGAUCUUCCUGGUGACAAGCUACACUGAGCUGUGGCACUACUAUAGGACGUACAAAGACUCCCUGAUGCACUGCUAUGAGGUGAUUCCAGAGGGGGCUGUGUGUAAGCUUUACUUUGACCUGGAGUUCCAGAGGAUUUUCAAUCCCAGCAUGGAUGGGGAAAGUAUGGUGGCUUUUCUUAUUCAGUAUGUGUGUAAGAAGCUGGAUGAAGUAUACAGCUUGAAGUGCUCCAGCAAGGAUGUACUGAAUUUGGACUCCAGUACAGAGGAGAAGUUCAGCCGCCACUUGAUUUUCGUGCUGCCUAAUGCAGCAUUCAAGGACAACAGCCAUGUUGGUCAUUUUAUCCAUGCUAUCCUAAGACCUGUGCUGAACAUGGCUAAUAAUAGCAGCCAUCAUGGAGAGAACUUCGCUGCUUCUACCACUGAUGAACAAAGUAUAGACCCACUUGCUUCCAUGGAGCAUAUUCCCUGCGGGGAAAGUGGCAUGCUGGGAAAUCCACAGCCCAAAAGACGAAAACCCAAAGAGGAUGAUCUCAGCUUGCUGCUGGUGAAAAACAAAGAAGGCCAGAGUCAGCUGUUUGUUGACCUUGGGGUCUACACCAAGAACAGGAACUUCCGACUUUACAAGUCAUCAAAGCUGGGGAAGAAUGCUGCCUUCGUGGUUGCCAAGGACAACCAGUUUUCCCCGAGACCUGACAAUGACAACCAUGUCAGUGUGGAGGAGAAUAUCUUUUUGGCAUCUUUAAUCAGCAACGUGAGCUACACAGGUCAGAGGAUUCUGAUGUGGGAUUGCCCAGAGUCCAGACACGCCAAAGGGGCGGAAACAGAGGUCCCAGCGAGAGCAUACACAGAUUGUCUCGGCGGACACCAGUACUCCCCCUACAGGGAAGUAGACGACUUUGUGUUGACGCUUGUAUGUAAAGAUGACAUCAGAGGAAGUAUCCGUCGGUGGAAUUACUUUGUGUCGGAGCAGCUACUUGUCUAUGACAUUCUACAUUAUCGUUGGUGUCACAAUGUUGGCCGCUUCCACAAAAGCAACAACAUCAUGAUCCUUGUGGACCUGAGGGAGGAGGUGUGGUACCAGAAGUGCCACGACCCAGAGUGCAGGAGACUGAACUACAGAUCAUCUAAUUUCCCCCUGCCAGAUAAUGUCUGCAUUAGUCAUCUGCUAAAAGAGGAUGAGGAGGACCAGCUGUUUCUGAUGGAUGAGGCGGGAAACAUUGAGCUCAGCCAGAGAUCACACCUUGAGCCGUCAUCAUCAUCACCACCAGAGGGAGGCAGACUAGGGAACCGUGCCCAGGAGUCUGGAGCCGAGGCCUGGGGAGACUACGCUGCAGAUGACCAGUGCUGCCUAGCGGCGCUGGAGGAAGUGGAGAGAGAGGCGGAGGAGGUGUCUGAUGAGCUGAUGCUGCUGGCAGCAGACCAGUUUGACAAGACGGAAUGAACAUAUGGAUGGACCUACUACUGGAUAUCUUAUUCUACAAGACUUUUUUGGACUUUUUUUUGGCCGAAUGUGCUUGUAAAUAUGCUUCAUUUGCAUUGCUGUGAAUGAAACAAACUAAGUGGUGUAACACGCUCAACUCAACCAAAAUAAAAAAGCAACUCGGUGCUCAUUCUUUAAAAAUAUACAAAUUAAAGAGAAGAGGACAGCACUCCAAGUUUUGUAUUUUAUGACGGGCAAUAAAAUACAAAGCCUGGAGUGCUGUCCUCUUCUCUUCAUGUUGCCGUGAAUGAGCAAUGGCAGGCUGCUGCUGUGGUCAUUUCUACAAAAAUGUGCACAGUGGUUUUUAAUGGCAAGGGAGAACUACAUCCAUGCCAAUAUUUGCGUAUUAUACAACCAGAGUGAUUUUAUAUUCAUUCUUUAAUUUAUGUUUUGUAAAUAAUUGUGUAAUCAUUUUAAGUGUAAGGUUAUCUGUAUGUUGUAAUAAAGUGACAAGAAGUUAAGCUGAUGUCAAGUACACACAAAAUAGUCUUUUAUUUGGUAUAACUUCAAAUAUGGAAAUAUAUGCAUCUUACAUUUGUACAAAAAUGCGAAACACCAAAAACAUUAGGAGAAGCGAUUCGUUCUUACAGGAGAUAAACUGAUGUUUCUGCCCCCGCUGUUGACCACUCCCCCUUCUGACUCCCUCUACUGUCUAUCAGUGUUGCCAGAUGUACAAAAAUUAUGGUACCAUAAUUUUGACUAUUUUGUCCUCUAUAUGAUCAAAAAAAACAUGAUGUACGAUAAUUUCAGAGUUGUCAUUCAGUUAAUUUAGAUGCCUUGAAACAACAAUUUGGGUCUUCUCUUGUACGAUAAUAUCCUCCCAAAAAGCCCCCAUAAACGAUCAUUUUGAGGUUUUGGUACGAUAAUUUAGCAUUUUUCAUCUGGCAACACUGUGCUAUGCUUCUCACAUUUUUCCAGUUGUCCCAAGUUUGUCACAGCUACAUUUAAAGGCUUUAUACUCAAAGCAAA